UCAGUAACUAAGCAGAAAUACAGAUUAGAUGUUCAAAUACCACAUCUUAGUUGGCAAUAAAUAAGAAGCAAAUAGCGCAUAAAUAAUGAAAUAAAGUUACAACAAUGGCAAGAGCAUUUCAAAGUUUUCUUCUUUUAUGUCUGCUGGCACAGGUAAUAUGUUUUAACUUCUGUUUUAUCCUCAUAGGAUCGAUAGCAUCGUCUACGACCGUAUAAAGCGAUAAGCCCACUAAAAAACUUUGUAAACAAUAUCAAUGUUGAAAUUUUCCCGACGUUUUCCCACUUGAUAUUAUUAAAAUAUAACCUUAUAUGUGUAACUAUGACGGCUUUUCGUACUCCUAAUGCUUCUUUAUAUCGUGUGAAUCUGUUACAAUGACAUCUACGAAGUGAAAGUAGAAUAAGAUAUAAGAACGACUUGCUUUAUUUAUUAUAAAUUAACGUACUGUACAUACUGAGAUGUGACACAGUGACAGAGCUUGUUUAGUCGUAUCCCUCAUAGCGAGACCAUUAUUUAUCUGUUGACUUCAUACUUCUGUUAAAUGUGUUUAAAAAGUCCACAAGUCCAUAUAUUUGGGCUACAAAAUAAAAAAUUUGGUUUAGUUUUGUAGCUUUUUGUAACAGACAUUCCCAACAAUUUUUUGUUUGGGCUUGAGCAUCUGUUAGGCAUGUACCCAAAGUUUCACCAUUUUUCCCUCAAAUUUUUCAUCUCUGUUUUCUCUGUAUGUCAUUUUAUGCUACAUUAUGUCACUCUUCCCAAACACAUACCGUAAACCUACGAAUAUAAACCCUGGGCUUAUAUUCAUUUGUAAGCAUUUUUUAAUGGGCAAAAGCAUGGGCUUGUAUGUUAGUAACAGUAUUUAUUGCACCUGUAAGCUAUACUGUGAACAAAAAGAAAUAUAAACAUCUAGAAUAUAUAAUCUAUGCAUAAAACAAAUUGGUUAAAUUAUUAUAUACAAAUAUACAGGGUGCGAUAAUUCAAUAUUUUUAGCCGUACCUGACUGGUACUCCGACAACUUUUGCCGCGUACCUGAUCUGGUACAGACUUGAGAGUCAAGACGCACCUAAGACUACUUCCGAGUCAUGGUUUUUAUACCUAUGUAUAUAGUUUACUGGUCCAAAAGCAAAAAAUGUAUGUGCAAUUUUGUACAAAUGAAUCUUUAAUUAUGGUAUUUGUACAACAUAAGCCUUGACGUUGUGAUCGAAUGCCAUGGCUCAUUUACAGUGGAUUUACCGAUGGUGCUAACAGUCUGACCUCAGCUACAUACAGUGCAUAGAUAUGUUAUAUACACUACAUAGUGCAUCAAAUUAUUCUGCAAUUCAAAAAUCGAAGCCGUGAUUGCACUCAGGAUAUUCCCAUGAAAUGAGAAGACUCGUAUGUUUUCUAUUUCUGAAACAGGGAACUUAAAUAUUAAGUUAAACCUAUUCCAAAUACAUUUUCAAACUAUUCAAAUGAUGAAAGUUAUUGUUGUUUUUUAAGCGUUUAUUAGCGAGUGGGGAACUCCAACAUGGCUGCCAUCUAUUCAAAUGGGGGUAACCGCUGGAAUAUUCUUGGCUUCAAUUUUAUUAAAAGAGAUGCGCUAUCUAGUUUAUAUAAGAUAUCUAUGAUACAGUGUAGUUUUCCUCAUUGGGCCUAAAAAACGUCGCACGGUCAAUCGUGUUGAAAAAAAUAGUAGGGUGGGCAGAAAAAAAUAGGGUCGGUCGGGAAACCGCAGGUAUUUUUUUUAGACCUUGGUAAUAGCAUUGACAAUUACUUGUAACUUGUAAGCACGCGAUGAUUGGUAAAAAAUUAUGUUGGUGUCCACAUUACAACAAAAACGAUAAAAUUAUCGGCGUUUGACGAUAACGGUUUUAAAAUCGCUCACCCGAGCGAUUUUUAUCAGUCGGACAAUGACGAUAAAUUUUUUGAUCAAGCGCAAAGAUAACCUUUUGGCUUUUUUCAUCCCAAAAUAUGUCGGAUGCGUGAAAUUUACAUGUACAGCUAAAGUUCUUUACAGUUUUGAAUACUUUGGCAGGUCUGCUAGUUAUUGCUAGAAGGAAAAUGUAAGUACGCGAAUAGUAAAUUUCCGCGUACCUACCUGGUACUUGCCUAAAAACAAAGAAGUACCAGACCAUAAAUUUGGCGUACCUCCGGUACGUUGGUAUGCGAAUUAUCGCACCCUGAUAUAUACUCUGAAUUUUCAAUAACGUACGUAGCAUAUAAUGCUCUUCCCUUUAGUCACUUUCAAGUAACAAUUUCCCAAUAUUUAAGUACAAUCUGCCGACGUUUACGUAGAAACUGCCGAACCAAAAGAAUGGGGGCCACAGCCCCCCCCCCCCAUCCUUCGAUCUAUGCCUAUAGAUGACUUUACAGUCAAAGUACAAGAACCUUCCCACUUCUGUAAUUACUACUUGUUACUUUACUACUAAUUACUUAAUUGAAUUCAUUACUAGCUGUAUUGAAUUCAAUUUUGUAAUAAACCUACUCGAACUAACACCUAAUGACGAAGUUAAUAACAUUAAAUGUUCAGUAACAGAUUUAAUAUUUAAACACUAAGAUAAUAGAUAAAUCCAGUCACUGGUCGUUGAUACUUUAUCAAGAGUCUGUUGCUAUUAAUAGAAUGAAACCGUCCCUAAACCAUGGAACUAACGCCUCUAAAGAUCUAUUAAUAUUUAACUAAUCGUAUCUUGUUACUUCACUAUAUAUACUUGUACAUAUGUAAUAUCAUCAUCAUUCAUUUCCGAUGACUAUAGUUUAGUCGAAACGUCGAAAAAAAAUUUGUCAAAUUCUUUCAAUUUUCGGAGUAUCCAUUGUUUUGUAUUCUGCUUGUGUGUGGUGUGACUGCUGUCAUUUUAUGUAACUAUAUUUUAAUGUAAAGUAGUUACUGUUGUUUUGUAAAAUGUGGUUAAAGGAUUUUUUUUUAUUAUUUUACUGAAUUUGUCACCAGACAAAUAAAAUUACAUUGACGAAGAUAACUAUGUGACAGGAGAAUUAACGGAACAGGCAGGGCCGUAGCUAGGAUGUAUAGUUGGGGGGGGGGGGAUGUAGGCCAAAAAUUUCCGAAUGACGAAAAAAAUUUCCGAAUAUUUCAUGGCAUACGAAGCCGCGAAGGUGUUUGCUAUCCGGAAAAUGAAGACGCAAUUUACAAAGAAAAAUACGCAUAUUUUAUGCACAGACAUAUUACAGAGGCAUGCAGUGCCAUAGAAAACUCUUUUUGAUUGGGGGCUGAGAACGAGGGCCAAAGGCCCGAGGAAAUUUUUAAAUUUAGAGUCUCUGAAAUGCCAUUUCCUGGACUUUAGGGGAAGUUUUAACAGAAUUCUGAUGGUCAGAAAACAGCGUUUUAGUUUGUCGAAACUUUAACUAUAUAUUAGCCUGCGAACAGGCUCUCAAGCUGAAUUGAGAGCCUGCAUCGAUGACUAAUGAAUUUGAAUAUCUGCGUCUCAAAUCGUGACGCGAAAUUCUCAUUGGUCAGAUGCUAUAAUUUAUAUGUUUCCGUUGAGCUCUAUAUAUGUCAACUGCUGAAGCACUAUGCAUAAAAAACACAUUAACUGAUCAAAUUGGUCUUGGCCAUCUUUCUCAAAGCACGAAAUGUUCUGUUUUGAGAAAACAGUAUUUAAAACAUUUGAACUUUUGCUUGAAUAUCUUAUAUUUCGAAAAGCAGUAUAAACUGUACGGUCUAAAUUUAGUUUGCACGGUCUAAAUUUAGUUUGCACGAAAGUUGUAAACAACACCAUAUAAGGAUAGACAUUCCAUAUUUGGAAAAACGAACGUUACGGGGCAGAUAUUCAAAUUCAUUAGUCAUCAAUGCAGGCUCUCAAUUCAGCUUGAGAGCCUGUUCGCAGGCUAACUAUAUAUUGGAGAAGUUGCAGGAAAGUAUGGGUAAUAUGAUUGUUUGCAGUUUGUCAUGGAUAAUAAUUAAAUGCUAAAGAUCUGCAUGAUUUAAAAAAAAAAUGAUUAUUAGGGAAUUAUUGGGAGGGCUGCAGCCCCCCAGCCCCCGGUUGCUAAAUUGCGAUUUAGAAGUAAUAAAUCAAAAAAAUAUUUACCGAUUUACGAUUUGUUAAAUGUUAGCCAUGAUUUCGUAAAUCAGUUUAUACUAAUAAUACAAUUAUAUUAUAUUUUCUUUGUAUAACAACUAAAAUUUUGCUAUACUAUUAUUGCCGUAAUUUUCCGAAUGGCCAACCCGAUUUUCCGAAUAUCUUAAUUCUAAAAAAGUUGGGGGGGUUAACCACCACCCCCCCAAUACCCCCAACAUGGGCGUACCGGAAGGAAAAAUUUAGGGGGGGCGGAAAGAAAAUUGUCCGACUUUUUGGGAUUGUGCCCGACUAGUACCGAAAACUUUUUUCCGGAAAAAUUAUUUUGGCGACCUCCCCCCCGUCGCCCCCCCCCCUCCCCCCGUCGCCAAAAAAAUUUCGGUCAGUGUACCAUUUAAGGGGUCAAAAAAAUUUUCCGGACAACCAAAAUUUUUCGGAACAUAAGACAAAUUUUCCAAAAAUCACAAAAUUGGCCACAAAAUUUACUUAAUUUUAGACAAAAUUUACAGAAUUUGUCCCAUUUUUUUUAUUGCAAACCAAAAUUGCCUGACUGUUGAUCGAAUAUUGCCCGACUGCCCAAUGGGGGGGGGGGCUACCGCCCCCCCCCCCCCGCCCGGUACGCCUAUGCCCCCCUCGCUACGGCCCUGGGAACAGGACUUUCGUCCUACUUGAAACCUAACCCCUUACAAUAUACACAAUAUACUAUUUGUCUUUACUCAACAAUAUAUACAUUAUACUUUUGUAAACAUUUAUAUUAUACAAUCAUAUACACAUAUUUGGAAAUGACUAACAUGACAAAAAGAAGUUUAGGAAUGACUAUAAUUAGCCUGAACAACCAGGAGGACUGUAUGUUGAUAACUUUGUAAUGUACAAGUUAAUUAGGGUAGACUUGAAUGCAGGUAGCGAGUGGUAGACUUUAAGGUAUGAGGGCAGACAGUUCCAUAGUUUGGCUGAUCUUUGGCUGAUCGGUUCUUAGUGACUCCGCUGAACGGAAUGAUUAUUUGGCAGCAGCCAUCUUGUCAAACAGGGCUAAACCAUUGAACUGUAAAUAAACUGGAAGGCUAACUCAGGGGGAGGGCGGGAAUUGAAGCCAGUGCAUUUUAGUUUUUCUGAGUUAUGAGCAGAAAUACUCAACACUGAACGUUUGGCUAUAUAUCAAAUUGAAGCCAUUGAAAAACGCUAUUUAGUGUAGAAAUUUCAAGACUUUAGCUAAAAGGGAAAUAUUGAAAAACUACAAAAAUAAUUGCUGAUAAUUUGCCAUUUUGCAGCUGUUUUUGUAUUUUUUAAAUAUUUUUCUUUUCGCUGAAGUCUUGAAAUUUCCACGCCGAAUAGUAAUUUUCAAUAGCUUCAAUUUGAUAUAUAGCCCAACGUUUGGGAUAAAGUAUUUCUGCUCAUAACUCAGAAAAACUAUUUUGGCUUCAUCAAAUUAUAGGCCUUCAUCAUAGCAGUUUAUUUAUAGUUCAAUGGGCUAAACUAGUGCCCAGUUUUUCUAUUAGCGCUUCCUCAUCACGAGGCCUAGUAAUUCGAAUGUUUGAUGCACUGAGGUUCAACCUAGAAAUGCCUAGUGCGAUUGGGGGGGGGGGGAUAUUUUUAAUCUAUAUAGUUAAACAGGGGGUCAUUUUUUUCAUUUCCAAAAAGUAUAGGGGGUGCAUAUUUUAUUGAUAAUGGUUUUAAAAAAACCACACACACCCCGCCCCCUGAGACGUAAUAAACGAUCGGUCCCUAAUUUCUACUUAUUGCACUUUUCUGUCCCCAUGGUAACCUGAAAGGUUGAGUAAUGCAGUAAUCGGAUUACUGGGGCUCAGGUUACCAUCCCUUGGGUGGAUAUCUCUACUCUUUUCUAGUUCAUUUGUUUUAUUUAAUUUCUCCUUUUUUGGUUCAUUUGUUUUAUUUUCUCUGUUCAUUUGUUAUAUUUUCUCCCAAUGGCCCGUGUCAGGUCUCAAGAUUAGCGGUAUCCCAACAUCCCACAGGAUACCAGAUUUCAAUUUUGGAUACUAGACAUCAUAGGCUUAGUAUCCUGACGGGAUACUAAAAAAAUUGAAAUAUUGGCGAAGUUCGUACAUCACGGCGAAAUGUUAGUCAAAAUAAUAUUUUUUCGUUGUUUGUCGCACGAAAACGGAAUGGACCUGAGUACGAGGUUAAUUUCUGCCUCUCUGUUUAUGGUAACCAAUGAUUACGCAUGAUUUCCUGUCGCCAUCGCACCAUAACGAAAUCUGACUCGUGUUUCUAUGCCCAUGGUUUUCCCUGCUAGCACGAGAUAAAAAGCAUGUGAUACCGCUUAUCGAAAUACCUACUACCCAAGUCUGGGAUACUAAAACAACUCAAAUCUUGAGCCCUGCGUGUGGACCCUGGCUUAAGGCCCAUUUACACGGGCGAUUUUUGCUGCGAUUUUAUGGCGAUUUUCUUCUUCUGAUGGAUGUGAAGGAGUGGGUGAGUUAUAAAUGUUCCAGGUUAUGAAAUUUCAUAACAACGUCAUUAAGUAAUCUACUCCUUCAUAUCCUCCAAAAGGAGAAAAUCGCAACUAAAAUCGCAAAAAUCGCCUGUGUAAACGGGCCUUUAUGGUGCUCCCAUUAUAUGUAUUUUCUAUCUUCCUAUAGUCUGUGUACACAGUCCCAAAUGCUUAUCCACAUUAUGACAACUUUUCUCCGGGGCGGGGUGUCGGAGGAAUUUACCUGAAAUUACCAGAAGUAUAAUAAUUAUAAUCACCUUUGUCCACACUAAGUUUCCAAAGAAAAGGGGUUCUGGGGACCUCUCCCAGGAAAUUUUUACAUUUUUGAAGCUCAAGCAGGACUGCAUUUCUAAAGCAAAUUCGCGAACGGAUUGGAUUUAAAUUGACUGUAUUUUACAAAAAUGGUUAUCAUUUUGCAAAUGUUAUUAUAAUUUAUGCGAACAUUAGUACCUGAAAAUGUCAAAAUUUAAACUUGAAUUUUACCUGAUUUUUACCUGAGUUUUACAGUUGGGAUGGGGUUUAUACCCGCUGGUUGCUACCGUCCCUGCUCCUGGGCGUUUCUGAAUCAACCAAUUUUCACUUAAUUUAUGUUUAUGAGGGGCCUGGGUAUGCAAUAAUUCAUUAUGGCCCGGCCUGAGUGAUAGAACACUGCUUAAUCUAAUUAUGGUAGAACACUGCUUAAUGUAAUUAUGGUAGAACAUUGCCUAAUCUAAAAGGUGCAAAUGCAGCCAUGUUUCUUUAUUGUUUAUUUGUCCCUGUGUACUGAAUUAUGGCCUAGUAUAGGCCGUACAAAUCAGUGUUUUACAUUAUAGUAAGUUUUAACAGUAUUUGUAAAGUGUUUACCUUUAUGUUGCCUCCCAUUAUUUAGUUUUUAUAUUCUUACAGCCCAUAAUCCUACACACUUAUUCUCAUUAUCACGACUUUUCUCUUGGCUGUUUUCUGAUCCUUUCCUUAGAUCACGCAUGUGUUGUUCGCCAUGAAAUAGAAUAAUUUCCCUGUAUAGGUAUAUUCUCUGUAUUUCGUGUUUGGGUACGUGAAUUAAAAGUUUGUAUGCAACGCACAAGAAAUAAUUUUGUUUGGCACUGCUUCAUUCCAUUAUGAAUUAUGAUACAUAAUUAUGUAUAAGUCCUUUCUUUUCUAUAUUGUUUUACUAGUAUAUUGCAGAAACCAGUCUAUCACACAUACAUUGGCAUUUUUAACAGUAUUCGUUACCUUGAUCUUACUUUGGCAUCCUUUACUCCCAUUUAAUGCUAACCUGAAUGGGUGAUGCUAUUUUCUCCAAAGCAAGCGUGAAAGAGACUGCUAUGAAUAGCUAGAAACUGAUCUGUGUGUAAAUGUAAUUGUAUUAUAAUUAAAGUAAAAAUGUUUGAAUUUUUAUGUUAUUUACAUUUUCUUGUUUUUACAAAAUAAUUUCAGGCUUUUGCAUACAGAACUUGUCGAAUUUACCACAGUCAUGGCAAUACAGUAACUGAAAUAAAGUAAGCUAAAGACAUCGGAUGCAUGAUGUAUAUAUUAUAAUCGAUCAAGAGAAACUUGGCGUUGGAGAAUUUUCACUGAAUUUUUUCUUCGAUAAAAUUACACUUCUCUUAGCCGAUCGGAAUAUGAUUCAUUUUUUCAUGUAUAUUAUUAAAAUAGAAAUAAGGUAUGCGAUGCCUGCAUAUUACCAUCUUUUGUUUUUCAUCAUAUUCAAAUAUAAAAUACAAAAAAAGAGAAAGGGUAAUAAUAUGUCAAUGGCUGUAAUCUUUUCAAUAUAAUUUUUAUCAGUUAUAGACCUGAAACGAGGGGUAUUCCACAAAAAAUGACCCUGAGGGCGAAGCCCGAGGAAUAUUUCAUCCCGCAGGGUAAUUUUUUGUGGAAUACCCCGAGUGAAAGGUCUAUAAAUGGUAUAUUAUACCGAACCUUUCAAAAAUAAGUAGAAAACAAAUACCAUUCAAUUAACUUUUAAUUUCAAAACACAACUUUUGAUAACUUUACAUUUAAAAAAGUCGAAUUUCCCGCUCAAGCGUGGUAUUCGAAGUCGAAUACCAUGGCCCCGGGUAAAACACCCAGGGUUCAAAUUGCGUAGGUCAUAGUAUUCGCUGAAAAAUACCAUGGUCAUGUGGUACAAAUUUAGUUCUCUGAUUGGACAAGCUCAUUGUGAGGUAUAAUAUUUCCUGUUAUCUCUCAACACUAGGUGUACAAACUCAGAGUACUGUUGUGAUCAUGGUUGUUGCCGUAAAGUGUACACCAUCUGGUACUUUUGGUAGGUUCAUACAUCCUGAUGUUGUAAUUAGAUUAUAACCAAAUAAAGCUUAUGUAAUUUCCUAACCCCCAACUAAACACAGUGUUGCCGAGUGCAAACCUUGGCUGAUUUCAAGACUUCUAAUUGGUAAGUGAGAUCAAACACAAAGCGCUAAGUAUGGUUGUAGUGAACGAAAGAUCAGUAGAAAACCUUUGAAAGUGAGAAGAGAAGAGGAAUGCACGGAAAUUAAUAAAUUAUUUUUUUCCUACUGCUUCUUAAUCUUCAUUUGGGACUUUUCUAUCGUUUGCACGUAAUUUGAUCAACCUUCUUACGGCUCUUUUUCACUCGUCGUAAACACCAACUCGCAAGCUCACUGCGUGUACUUACAUCCAGUCACAAUUCUCGACAGUUUAUUUUAAUAAGAUGCCGCGAUAUGAUGAUUUCUUCCAUAAUUAACUAUUCCGUCACUUCAUAUUCCACCUAAAAUCCUUUAUCUUUCCCUACUUUCUUCUACAAUGCCCUCUUAGCUAAUUUUCGAUCUUCCAUUCCAGUCGAAUAUCCAAUAAUUUCAAAUCUAUUGAAUUCUUGUUUCUACUUUUCUUAUUAUAAUUUCUACUCCAACUGCUAUUUUUAGCUUCUCAUACACGAAAGGUGACCCUAAAGUCUAUAAAAGAAGCUAUUCUACAAUUGUAAGAAGUUUUGUGUUAUAUGCACUUUAAUGCUCGACUAUUUUGCAGGACAUUGCUACUUUUUGGUUUAUUCGUUGGAAUAAUCUUCUGCUGGUGGUACAAAGCAUACAAACAUCGGCAACGUACGACAAUUGUUCAACGCAGUGUUAUUCCAAUGCAAGUCGUUCAACCAUAUCCUCACCCACCUAUGAAUGGUCCUAACCGACAAACCAUUCCUGGCUACCCACCAUAUGCAUCAUAUGCCUUUGCUCCUCCCCCUUAUUCUGUGGCAAUGAAUCAAGAAUCAGGUCCACCGCCAAAUUAUUAUCCACCAAACCAUGCACCAAAAGCACAAUAGUUGCAAACAUUGAUUGUAGAUUCAUUUUAAACACCAAUGCACCUGGUAUAUUGUUGACUAUCUAAUGACGUGCAGGGCACUCAGUGAUCUGAUUUCGAAAUGGAUUGAAUAUCCAAUAUCUUUUUUCCGCGGUCAAACUUGGAUGAGAGUUGCAACUCUCGCUCGUGUUUGCCAGCCAAUUCUCAUCGACUUUCAUCCUCGUUUGACCAGGACUUUGCAGUAAAAUGAAACCAGAAGUCAUCCAUUACUGAGGGACCAGAUAAUCUUUCUACCCUAUUAUGCUUAAAUUUUCUUCGUUAGGCAAAAUAAUGUAGUCAUCUGGAAUAUUUUGAAGACGUUUUGGUAGAAAUGAUAGACAUUAAUUCCGCACAUUUGGUCCCCUAGUAAUGUCUUGUCUAUAUAAACGUUUUAAAAAGCAGACGAUUUAAUCUGUCCAGAUAAUGAGCGCACUCAGCUCCAUGCGUUUUAUUCUAUGGACGAUUUAUUUUACCAAGUUCCUGUAGUUAAUAUAUGAUAUGUGAUCUUUUAUGUAAAUAUAUAAUGCAAGUAACUCAUAAAUAUAUAAAAAUAUACAAACUG